ACACACCUUACAGUAUAAUUCAUUCACGUUCACGCCAACAGAGAAUAAAUAAUAAACUAAGAACAGAGAAGCUAACUCUAACCCCUCUUUCCUUAAAGUCAACACACUACCAACUAACUUCAAUCAAGUCACCAAGACUCCAAGAGUGCUAGGGUUACCAAAAGUAAAAUUACCCAACCUACAAACUACAAACCAAGUGUGAAAAAGAAGCACAUGACAUUGACAACACAGAGAAAAAGAAAAAAACGCACACAAGAAAUAAAUAAAUAAAUAAAUAAAUAAAUAAAAAAGUGUAAUCAAAUAAAAUUGACCGGUCCGGUCUUCGACAACACCUUCCUGGAAAUUCCACCAUUCACCGUUCAAGGCCUUACCCUCUUUCUCUCUCAAUAAUUUCACUUACCCUCUCUAAACUCUAACGAACCCAACUAUUUCUUUCUCAUGGAUCACGGUGUCCAAGCCGUCAUCGCCGCCACCGGAAGCUUCUUCGUCGUAACCCUCGUCUUCGCAGCCAUCAUCCUCGUCUGCCAGUACCGCAAGUCCACCAAAGCCCGAAACCGCACCACCCAGCUCCGAACCCGACCCGUUCCCAACCCGGAAAGGUCCUUCUCCAACGCCGUCGUCGACGCCAGCUGGUCCUUCGACCCAAACCUGAAGAUCUCGAUGGAGGAGCUGGCCCGCGCCACCGACAACUUCUCCCCGCACCUCAUCGUCGGCGACGGAAGCUUCGGCCUCGUUUACAAGGCUCGGCUCUCCACCGGCGCGGUGGUCGCCGUGAAGAAGCUCUCCCAGGACGCCUUCCAAGGCUUCCGCGAAUUCACGGCGGAGAUGGAAACCCUAAGCAAGCUCCGCCACAUCAACAUCGUGAAGAUCCUGGGCUACUGGGCCUCCGGGCCCGAACGGUUACUCGUCUACGAGUUCAUCGAAAAAGGGAACCUCGAUCAAUGGCUCCACGAACCUUCUUCCCCUGACCCUGACCACGUUUCCGUUUCCGUUUCCAACGACUUUCGAUUACCCUUAUCUUGGGUAACAAGAGUCAAGAUCAUUCACGGCGUGGCCCAUGGGCUUUGCUACUUGCAUGGGCUUGAGAAGCCCAUAAUUCACAGGGACAUCAAGGCUAGCAAUGUGUUGUUGGACUCUGAGUUUGAGGCCCAUAUUGCUGAUUUUGGGCUUGCCCGGAGGAUUGACACUUCGCGUUCUCAUGUGUCAACGCAGUUCGCCGGUACCAUGGGUUACAUGCCACCGGAGUAUAAGGCUGGGCUUAACGUGGCCAACCCGAAGGUAGAUGUAUAUAGUUUUGGGGUGUUGAUGAUUGAAACGGCCUCGGGCAAACGGCCCAACUUGCCGUUGAAAUUGGACGACGUUGACAUUGGGCUGGUCCAAUGGGCUCGGAAGAUGGAGGAGCGGAAUGCUCAUAUGGAUAUGGUUGAUGCUAAUAUUUCAAGGGAAGGGUUGAGGGAAGAGAGUGUUAAGGAGUAUCUACACAUUGCUUGUAGGUGCACUAAUGAGUUGCAGAAAGAAAGGCCUGAAAUGCCUGAGGUUGUCAAAUUGUUGGACUCAAUGCCGGUUUGAAGGAUUUGCUGUGGUGAUCAUCAAAAUGAUGUACAUAGAAUCGAGAAGAUUGCAAGUAAGAUUAAUUUAAUGUAAUUCUAUUAUAUUAUAAGGGAUAGCAUCCUUUAACACCGAUUUGACACCAAAUUUAAACCGUUGAUUUUCGUUAAUCAACAGUUAUUAUUUAUUGAAAAUUAAUAAUUAAUUAAUAAGUUUAAUUUUCAAUAAAUAAUAACCGUCGAUUGACAAAAAUUAAUGAUUAGUUUUUGGUGUCAAAUUUUAAAGUUUGACACCAGUGUCAAUAAAU